AUGUCAAAAUCCAGAGUUCCGCCACCCAAGGCCAUGACGAUCCCAAGAUUGGAGCUACCCGCCGCUGUAACAUCCGUGAAAGUUGGAGCCUUCUUGGAAAGAGAGCUUAAGAUGCAAGAAAUAGAAGCCCUGUAUCAUACAGACAGCAUGGUUGUGUUGGGUUACAUUUCAAACGAUUCCAAGCGAUUCCAUGUGUUUGUAGCGAAUAGAAUACAGCAAAUCCGUGAUGUCACAACACCAGGUCAGUGGAGACAUGUGGCUACAGAAAGCAACCCUGCAGACAUAGCAUCGCGUGGUACAAAUGCUGAAGGUCUCAUAAACAGCAGAUUAUGGUGGAAAGGUCCAGAGUUCCUACAAAACAGUGAAAGCUCCACUCUUAUGAUGACAAAGAAGCCGAUCCCAAUAGCAGACGACGACCCAGAAGUGAAACGGUCUGUCACUGUGAAUAAAACGAUUGUGUCUGUGAAUCCGGCCAAGUUUGCAAGCAUGACUGAAAGAUUUGAAUAUUUCUCCGACUGGUUUAGGUUAAAAAGAGCUGUUGCUCUGUGCUUGCGCUAUUUCAAGUUGCUAAAAAAUAGCACUGCAGUUCAAGGAUAUACACCAGUUAAAGUCCAGGAAAUGCAGACGGCCCAGAACAGAAUCCUGAAGAUAACACAGAACGAAUCAUUUCCACGAGAGAUUCAAACCUUGAUGACAGCCAACCAGCCAACCCAAAGGAAAGAAAAGACAACAGGAACCAAUCAUGUGGGUAAAGACAGCAGUCUUGUCUCCUUAGAUCCAUUCCUAGAUGCCAAGUCAAUCUUGAGAGUUGGAGGAAGAAUCAAGCAUGCCAAAGUGUCUUCGUCAGUGAGACUGCCGAUUCUAUUGCCUCGAAGCAGCCACAUCACCAAUCUGAUCAUUGACCAUCACCACAAAAUGGAAGGACAUGCAGGACGUGGCAUCACUUUGAAUAGCACCAGGCAAGCUGGGUUUUGGAUUGUCGGGGGGCGAGCCGCCAUGACCACUUACAUCAUGAAAUGUGUUUCGUGUCGCAAAUUAAGAGGAACCCCAUGUGGUCAAAAAAUGGCCAAUCUUCCAGAGGAUCGCUUUUAG